AUGGAAGAACAAGCCCGGGCAGGCAGGCUUCACUGUCGAAUGUUCCUGAAUGUGAAGACACGUUUUUUCACUGAGCCUAAGGAAAACACUUUACCGAACUCAUGGAUCCCUCCUGAAUCUGACGCAGUGGCAGAGGAUGAGGUCUCCGCUUCAGAGCCAGUGCCAGAGGCUGACAGGGCGGCAUCUGCUCCACUGCCCGUUCCAGAGCCUGCACACCAGAGGCCGACAGGACAGCCUCCAUUCCAGAGCCAGCUCCAGGGCCAGCACUAGGGGCAGACAGGGUGGCCUCCACUCCAGAGCCAGUGUCAGGGGCCGAAAGGGUGGCCUCAACUCCAGAUUUCUGUGAGCACAAGCUCUUUGCCAAGCUGUCUGGCUUUGAAGACGUCAUCACCCUGCCACCUGGCUUCAGUGCAGACAAGCUUUUUGCCCCGCCACCCAGCUUCGAAGACAUCAUUGCUCCACUUCCCAGCUUCAACAUAGACAAGCUCUUCUCCCCACCAUCUGGCUUCAAGGACAUCAUUGCACUGAUGCCUGGCUUCGAGGAUAUAAUUGCUCCACCGCCUGGCUUCAGCACAGACGAGCUGUUUACCUCACUGCCAGGAUUUGAGGACAUCAUUGCUCCACUGCUGGGCUUCACCAAGAACGAGACUGUCACUGAAGCCAAAGCCCAAGUCCUGUCCAGAGCCCGAGCCCAUGCCCUGUCCAGAGCCCGAGCCCAUGCCCUGUCCAGAGCCAGAGCCCAUGCCCUGUCCAGAGCCCAAGCCCAAGUCCAUUCCUCAACCAGAACCCAAGCUUCUGUCUGUGUCCUUGCCCAUGUUCAAGACCUGACCUGAGCCUGAGUCCCCACCUAAGCCCAGGAUCCAGUGCCACGUCCACCCAGAGCCAGAGCAGAGCACCGAUGGUAUGGCAUCCAGCGUGAGGUCCUUAUCCCCAGGACCAUCCAAGAGGGGUUCUUUGGGGGGGAGUUUCUGUCGCAUCUGCAUGCAUUCCUGCCUUGAACUUCUACUCGCAUGCGUUUGCGCUCUGCGUCUCAAAGACUAAUUACACGCACACUCGUGGCUAAUUUGGAAUGCAAUCAGCAUGUGUUUAAAAGGACACCGAGAAAUCACACAUGAUAUCUUCAUACUGACCCUUCCCACUCACGUGACCUUCGUAAAUGCGACCGCCAUUUUGGACAUGAAAACAUAAAAGAAAAAGGAGCAAGAUGCAGAAAACACCUUCACUAUCCAGGAUUGUUCACUGACGUUCGGAAGUACACGAAGCCCUCGUCUUUACCUGACUUUGGCCCACAUGAUCUGUAUACCUAUGUCAUUAAAAACCCAUCGCCAUACACAGGUAUUGAUCUGAAAGCGUAUAAGAGUUUGGAUGCCUACAAAUAUUUUGUGUCAGGCUGGGUAACAUGCCUACAUCAGUGGGUCGUCCCUGGAGCCGGUGGUCGCCAUCUUAUUACAGCUAAGGGACGAGGUGAGCCAACUGGCCGCGUGGUGCAGAGACAACAAUCUCUCUCUUAAUGUGGAGAAGACGAAGGAGAUGGUUACCGACUUCCGGAGAGCCUCCACCCAGUAUCCUCCACUGACCAUCAACGGUGCCGCUGUGGAGAGAGUGAGCAGCAUCAAGUUCCUGGGUGUGUACCUCCCCGAGGAUCUCUUCUGGAGCAGCAACACUGCAUCGCUGGCCAGGAAAGCUCAGCAGCGUCUCUACUUCCUCCACAGACUGAAAAGAGCUAGAGCACCAGUCCCUAUCAUGCACACCUUCUACCGCAGAACCACUGACAGCAUCCUGACCAGCUGCAUCACUGUGUGGUACGGCGGCUGUACUGCAUCCUGCCAGAAGACGCUGCAGCACAUAGUGAGAGCAGCUGAGAUCAUCAUCGGUGUCCGCCUACCCUCCCUUCAGGAUAUUUACAACACACGCCUGGCCCGCAGAGCACUCAGCAUUGCGGGAGACUCCACCCAUCCCAACCACCACUUCUUCAGCCUCCUGCCUUCUGGGAGAAGAUUGAGAAGCCUCCGGGCGAGAACCAGCAGACUGAGAGACAGUUUCAUCCACCAAGCCGUCAGGAUGCUGAACUCCCUCCCAGGCCAGUACCCCCUUCCCUUAACACACAAACCAAAUGUCACCAGCCACUUUAACGAACUGUAACGAAAUUUAAUUGCACUAUGUUAAAACUGUUUACAAUACUGUUUACACUUUAUACAUCUUUUAUCUUUGAUAGACUUCACUGCUGUACUGUUUAUACUGUCAUAUCUGCCAUAUUUAUACUUACACUGUAAAUUCUGCUCAUACUGCCAUAUUUAUAUUUAUACUGAUAAUUCUGUUUAUAUUGUGCUAUAUUGCCCUGCUAUACUGUCAGACUGCUGUUCCCAUUUACAUUGUUCAUUCUGUUUAUAUUGUCAUUCGUCACAUUUAAAUUUAUACCAUUAAUUCUGUUCACACUG